AUGGAAAAUACAGCGAAUAAUCAUGUAGUUCCAGUUAAUUCGAUAACAAAAGAAGCAUGGAAAUUAGAAUCACCAAAACAUCGACGUCGUUCCAUCGUUAGAGAAUUUGCUUUGAAUACAUCAACUCAUGGUUUACCUGGUAUGGCACGUAGUCAAAGUAAACAUAAUCGUAUUUUUUGGACUAUUUCAUUUUUUAUUUUUGCUGGUAUUAUGAUUUAUUUUGUAACUCAAUCGAUUAAAAGUUAUUUUGAAUAUCCCACACAAACAUCUGUAUCGAUCUCUUUUGAACGAUCACAAGUAUUUCCUGCAGUUACAUUUUGUAAUUAUGUAGGAGCUCGUUAUGAUCGUUUAAUUGAACCUUUUUUAAAUUAUACAAAUUCAAUUAAUGCAACCAAUACAAAUGGCACAACUACAUUUACUAUAGAACAGACUGUUCUUCUUCGUGAUUUUUUGCGAGUUCAACUAAAUGCAGGUGAACCCCUGACUCAGUAUCUUUUCUCUCUCGAUGAAAUAUUAAUCCAAUGCUUGUAUAAUGACAGAAACUGUACCACUAAUGAUUUCAUCUCAUUUUUGUCGUCUACUUAUGGUCAAUGUUUCACAUUUAAUGCUAAAAAGAAAACAACAAAUGAAAGCAAUAUUCGAUAUACUAAUGAUGAUGGAGGAUCAGGAAACCUUAUUUUACGUCUUUAUGCACAAAGUCAUCUAUAUGUUCCAUUUGUUGCACAAGAUGUGUCAGCUGGAAUGGUCGCUAUGAUUCAUGACAAUACACAAUUACCACUGAUUGAUGUUGCUGGCAUGGUGCUUGCACCUGGACGAAGACAUAAACUAGGUUACAAGAAAAAGACUUAUCAAUAUUUAUCAUUACCAUAUACGGACUGUACAACUAAGAUACCACCUGCUAUGCAAGCAAUGUUUAGUGCAUAUGAAGGUGCCGAUUAUGCAUAUUCACAAGGUGUUUGUUAUACACUUUGUAUACAGGCAUACAUUUAUCAAGAAUGUGGAUGCAUAAAUCCCGAUGAAUGGACAGCUCGAUCGGUUGUUUUGCCUGGUACAAAUACAAUAAUUCAAGCACCUCUUUGUAGCUCAAAUAAUACAUGUUAUUUGAAUGCCACUGUUAGAAUUUCAAAGACAUUAUCAAUUUGGAAUCAGUUUUGUUCGGAUUGUCUUCAAGAAUGUUCGACGGUUAGUUUUACUGUUACAUCAUCUUCAAUAGCAGCACCAUCUCCACCAUAUGCAUAUGCAACUAAAAACUUUGUCGAAUCACUCUCUAUACCAUUACCAACAAACUGGUCAAGAAAUUGGCUAUCUGAAGUUCAAAAUAAUUUUGUUUCACUUGAAGUUGUAUGUGAAUCAACUCAAGUAGAAAGUUAUAUACAACAAGCAUCACUUGGUCCAGUUGAUCUUCUUUCAAAUGUUGGUGGUCAAACAGGAUUAUGGAUUGGAAUUAGUUUCUUGUCAGUUAUGGAAUUUAUUGAAAUGGUUUAUCGUAUUCUUCGAUAUGAAUUUCACAUUAUUCGAGAAACUAUAAGAAACAGAUUGCAAAUUAACAAUACAUAA